ACACACAUUCGCACACUCUCCGGUACGACAACAAUACGCGCUCUCCGUUCCUCCCUCGCCGUUCCCCCUCCCUAAGCCUCGCUCUUGGUAUGGCGGACGGCGAGCGGUCCCCGUUGCUUUCGGAUCUCGGUGAUGGAGCUCUCGUCAGUGGUAACGGUGGGGUGUCUCCAGCAGCGGCCCCGCACGGUGUACCGAACAAACCGCUGAGUUUUCCUCCAUUUCCAAGUUCGUCUCAGCCCCCUGUGUUGCUGGGCGAUAAUCCUCCACCCUAUUCCCCCCUGACAUCUCCUGAAAGUGGCAGUGCCCCGGUCAUCAGCUGCAGGGUUUGCCAAUCGCUCAUCAGCGUCGAGGGGAAAAUCCACCAACAUGUGGUCAAGUGCGGAGUCUGCAACGAAGCUACACCCAUAAAGAAUGCACCUGCAGGAAAGAAAUAUGUGCGGUGUCCCUGUAACUGUCUCCUCAUUUGCAAGGUCACAUCUCAAAGGAUCGCCUGCCCACGACCAUACUGUAAGAGGAUCAUUAACUUAGGGCCAGUUCACCCAGGCCCAGCCAGUCCGGAACCACAACCUGCUGGAGCUAGAGUUUCCUGCGGACACUGUAGCAACACCUUCCUGUGGACAGAGUUUACUGACAGGACACUGGCUCGAUGCCCCCACUGCAGAAAAGUAUCUUCGAUUGGUCAGAGGUACCCAAGGAGGCGAAGUCUGUGGUGUUACCUGCUGUGCUUGCUGUUUAGCAUCUCAGCGGCUGGACUGAUUGCAGGGACAUGGUCCCAGGCGCAUGUGUAUGGGGCUAUUUAUGCAUCGUGGGCAGCUGUGUUGUUGCUGGUGGUGUUGACACUGGCCAGGGCGCUUUACUGGAGCUGCAUGAGGGUCAGCCAGCCUCUCCACAACCUCACAUAGAGAGCACAAGGGGUGUGAUGAAAGAGAGAUUAGGGUUGGUGGAAAAAAAAAUAUAGGCCACAGGAAAAGAGAGAGAGGAGGAGAAAAUCAUGGUCAAGGUCGAUUGUAAAGGCAGUAAUGAAGUUAAAUCCGGGGUUGAGAAACAAGUGAAAAAAUGCUACUACUGCAAAGAAGAUUAGCGUUUUAAAGAUAUUUUUAUUCUGAAGUUUUCUCUGGAUGUGUUCUCAUCCUUGAAUAUGAACUGACAUGUUACUCAAUUUCAUGCAAACAUACAGUUACAUUACGAAGCUUAUUCCAAAAGCUCCCCUAGUUUUAUCUGAUCGCACCUACACUUACUGUAAACACAAUGCACACAAACACAAUCUUCUAUGUCCUAAUAAGCUCAAAAGCCUUACAAAGACAGACAGUACAUGUUGAGCUCCACUAGAGGGUGUAAUUUUUUUAAAAUACACACUGAAGUACUGUCCCACUCUACUGUAAACAAUGAUGCCUGUAUCUCGGUACAAAACACACAUUUGCUCCAAAACAAGAGGACCAGACAUUUCUCAUCAACACUUUCCCUGUUUAUCUUUAGUUGUGAAUCUUGAAAACAGUAUUUUAUAUAUAUAUAUAUAAUUGUGAAUUUUGUUUGUAAAUAUUUGUUGUUUGCUUCAUGAAUGACUAAACAGUUACACUGUAGCUCUAACACGCUGUGAUUCCUCUGUCUUUUUGUGUUUUUAUUUAAUUUGACAAUCACUACGGAUAAUGUAAUGACCAGGAAAAUGUGAAGAUAACCAAUGAGCACCAACAUAUACAAACCUUCAGUGAGCAUAGAAGGUCAAAUAUCUGCUCUGUUGAAGGUCAGAGAUGUUUUAUGGGUUAUUUACCCUCCCACUCAUGUUCAUGUGCAGUUAUUUGUCAUAUUUCAUGAUCUGUGAGUUUAAUUAUGUUUGAACUCUGAUUAAAUGAGAUUAAACAGCUGAUAGAUUUGGAUUCUAGACUUCAGGAUCCUUUUUCUCUCUGGCGGGAUUCUGUGACAGGCCUACAAGUCCAUACAGAUUGAGAUAAUGUUUUGAAUAUGAACAAAUAAUUAUACUAUCGCUGAUCACUUGUGUUACAGGUGCAUUUUUCUAAAAGAAUAUUCAAUAUAAAUUCCCAACUUUAAACCAGGACUUCUGAAUCUUUAUUUUGUCCAUAAGAAAAACUGGAUCUGGAUGUCUGGAAUACUAAACAAGGGGUCUGGAUGUUAUUUAUAAAGAGCAGAUGGCCAAUGAUGGAGGUCUUCUCUGAAUUUGUUUACACGUGAGAUUAUGAUUACAAAUGAUUAAAAUGUGGAUUAUAAUGAUGAAGCUAUAAAACUGAAAAAGU